CUUCGUUUGGCAUGAAAUGGCGUCCAUUGAUUCUCUCCAAUUCCAUUCUCUCUGCAAUGUCCAGUCGUCGAUUAGAAGAGCCAAGCUUCGGAUUCCUUCAAAUCUGGUUGUGUUCAGAAGGAGACACGAAAAUCUGAACUGGGUUCAAGUCGAAGCUAAGCGAAGGUUCGUGUGCAGAGCGAUUGGUGAUUCGUCGACUCCAGAUGAAGACAUUCAGAAUACUCAAAAUGAUGAUGAGGUUGUUGUUGUUGCUACGACGCAAAGUAACGUUCCCGGUGAUUCCGAGAAUUCAGUUUCGAGAUUUCGGAGUAUGAUUAUCACUCUCCCUCCUGUCGUCUUCGUGAUGAAAAAGUGCUCAGGGAACAGCAUUUGGAUUGGGAUUUGUAUCGCAGCUACUGUUUUGGUCGCGGCUAUUAGGGUUUAUGCAGUUAGAGAGUCAAGAGAUAAUCAACGUGCUGGCUCGGUCGCUGAUCUUGUGAGACGUGGCCAGCUGAGAUCUGGUGAUAGAAGAGGCAUCUCCAAAUCACUUAACUACGAGGAUCCAUUCAACAAUCCUUUUGUGAAACUUGAUAAAGGAAGCUCAACGGUAGAGAUGUGCGGGAAAGUCUAUCGGCUAGCUCCAGUCACACUUACAGAGAAAGAACAAACUAUUCAUCAGAAAAGAAGGUCAAGAGCUUACCAAUGGAAAAGACCAACGGUUUUUCUCAAAGAAGGAGACGCAAUACCGCCUGAUGUUGAUCCCGAUACAAUCAGAUGGAUACCAGCCAACCAUCCAUUUGCAACAACGGUUAGCGAUAUUGAUCAAGACCUUGCCCAGAACAAUGUCUACCAGAAGCAAGGUGUUCCUUUCCGGAUUCGAGCUGAGCAUGAAGCUAUGCAGAAAAAGCUUGAAGCUUUACAGAAUGAGGAGAAAUUGAAUAAUGUGAGUAUUGACAGCCAAAAUGCCAGGGAAUUUCAGAGACCAUACAAGUUAGCAACUAAGCUCGAAGGUGAAAAUAUCCAGAAGAAUUCUCAGGAGAAUCCUACCGGCAAUUCAUCCUCUGAGGAGACGCAUAAGUCCUGAGAUUCACUAAGUUGAUUGUAAAUACAGUUUUUCCUCGAGAAUCACACUUGCGUUCCAAGUAACUGAGAUUUUCUUUGUAGUUAAGCUCCAAACCCUAUAUCAAUGUUUUUGUUCUA